CAAGCAGCUGGGGGUAGCAUACAUAACGCUAUGUCUGUGCUGACAGAAGCAUUUGGCGUCACCGCCAUGGUCGGCACUUUACAGAGAAGUCGCAUCAUGCCUUUGGUUAUUGACAUCUUUUGUCGAAAAGGACGUGAGGUGUGCCGGUGACCCUCUGCGCCUUUGCGCGGAAAUAUGCUCCCGAAGUGUCUGCUGCUCCUGCUUGUUGUGAUCCCUCACAAGCUCAGUGCCGCCGCUGAAGCCGAGGGUGGUCCGGGCGGUUGUGGCCCUCUACCGCUGGUGGACCACACUAAACCCAUAGAAGGCCAGACAUUUCCUGAAAACCACAGGUUUCGCUACAAAUGUGAGGACGGCUUUAUCAGAAAAGCAGGGACGUCCAACCUGUACAAGUGUGUGAAGGACCAAAUCUACCAUUGGCGAAACGUACCCAAACUGGAAUGCAUUCCCGACCCAAAUCUACCAGCUGUCACAAAAGCGCCGGAGCAAACGCCUACUACCAUCAAGGCUUCGACCGAGAGCGUGGUUGCUCUCGUAGAGAACACAACUACUUCCACCACCACAGUCACCACCACAACCACCACUGCUACAUCCACAGUCUCCUCCUCUGCAGCAACAUCAGAGGCGCAGCACACUACACACACAAGUUUAGCAUCAGACGCAGUUCCUAUAACAACCAGCCCACCUACAACAACAACAACAACAACUACUACUACUACGACAACAACAACAAAGGAAGAGGAGAGUACAGGUGUCACUGUAAAGCUGCCCAGUCCAAUCAGCCCUCUGCUACCCUCCCCUAGUCCCUCUCAAAGCUCGCCGCUAGCUACUCCCAAACCUCUGCCAGUCUAUAAUGAGAACGCUGUAGUAGUGUCUGGAAGUGUGGUGGGCGUUGUCCUGUUGGUCGUGAUGUCCGCCGUCGUCUUCUUCCUGUACACAAGGCAGAUGUUGCCAUGGUGAGUGUCCUACACAGCUUUUACAUCACACAGCUUGGGCGUGGGCGUAUUCUGCAUGGGUGCAUUCCACAUGGGUGUAUUCCAAAACGGUUCAAGGACAGUGUCCAAGUUCAAGGAGAGGGAGCAAUAAACCCUCUUAUAGAAGAGACUUACCAAGUAUGGCUGUAGACCUGCUGUCUGGAACAUCACAAUGGUCUCCUCUGUUUUGCUCUGUUGUGUCCAUCAUUAGUAUUUACUGUACAUUCCCCAUGCUGAGUUCUUCAAAACUGUCCGUUAAUUUGUUUGAGCCAAACCCACCCAAAUCUAUUUCAAGUACUAA